AUGGCUCCCGACCCGAACAAGGCCGCCCACUACAUCAAGGCCCUCGACGAUGCGAGAUGCGAGGGCAAUUGGAACGCCGUCCCCGAAUUCGUCCGCAAAAUCAGGAAACAUGCGCCUGAUCGAACCUGCCUGACCCUAGCUGCCGAAACGGAAUGCGCAAUCGCCAAAGCCACCGACUCCUCUGGUGCCGGCCGACCCUCGACUGCCGUCUCCGCCAAGGACCUCGAUGCCGCAAACGUGCAGACCAAGUUGCGGGCCGCCAUCGACGCGGAGACAAACUUUCCGGAGGACAGAUUCCAGGCUCAGGUCUGCGCAGCCUUGUUGCAUUGGGUGGCAGAGGAGUUCGAUCAGGCCGUCGCUUGUUUGCCCCAGGACAUCGAACAGGAGCUUGCGCAACUCGGUACGACCGACAAGGUAUCGGAAUGGACCAACAUCAGCGCCCUGAAAGCUGCCUUCAUCAAGGCGGACUGUCUGGCGCGCAACAACAAGACGGCUGAAGCCCUCGCCGUAUUCGACUCCGCACUUCCCUCAGUAUCCAUGGCCUGGACCGGCCGCAGCGCUCACAGGCAGUUCAAGGUCUGGUCCGAACUCUUCCUGACUGAGUACUGCAUGCUUCAUAGUGAAGCCCUUCGAGCGAACGAGCGGUCGCUCGCGGAUCCUAAUUCGCUUGCCUGCUUCCGAACCUGGGCUAGGUACUGGGAGUCGAUGUCAGGGCCGGUCACGGGAGGACACGGAUAUAGGGGCUCUGUGCCAAGGCGACAAGUCUGGCUGGAGUACUAUUUGGCAUUGGCGACCAUCCUUGAACUGGACAUACCGUUCCCCGCGGGUUACCUCGGCAAAGCCAUAAAUGAGGCCUCUGCGAGAAACCAGCUAAGAGUUGAGCUCAAGAAGACGGAGGCCGCAUACGAGGCCCUUCUCAUCAGUGAGACUAGUUUCCCACGGGCAGAUGAGACGAGAGAAGAGGUCGAGUCCUUUGUCAAGGCGGUCGUGAGGAACUGGUCUAUUCUGUGUGGCCGCGGAUGGAGGGAGCAGGAUCUUGGUCAGGGGGGCCGCGAGAGUCUGAGCAGAGGUGUCCUCGACACUCUGUAUGCUGCGGCGACAAAGACGUACCAUUCCACGGCAAUUCUUCGCUGUCUCUUCACCGUUCAUCUGGCUGUGGCGGAGUUCGACUUGGCCUUCAAAGCUUUCGACUCGUACCUCGACCUCGUCAGACACGGCAAGGCUAGGGUCGACAAGACAGGUCAUCUGGAGGCCAACCUCGACGAUGAUGGUACCGUCCUGGAGACAAUGUCUCAGUGCAUUCUCGCGCUAUGCCGGUAUGGCGGUACAGAAGCCAUCGAAAAGGCCCGCAUUAUUGGAAAUGAGCUUGAGGAUUGGCUGGCAAGGCUUCCACAGUUGAGGAACGGCAUUGAUAAUGAGAACACUGUGCCAGAAGAGGAUGACGCGACCACUCUUCACCCCAAGAUCCCCCCCAUCUGA